ACUGUCAGUGUCAUGAGGAGAAAUAUAAAUGUAAAUAGUCCUUUUAUCGGAUAAUUUAAUUAAUAUCGACUUAAAUCAUGACAGAAUUAAAAAUUGAACACGUUACUGUUAAAUCGGAAUUCGAUUUAUAUCCAGAAGUCGAAGUUCAAUACGCAGAAUGCGAAAGUCACGAAAAAAUCGUUGUUGACACUGAAAAAGAAAGGCGUAAUAUUUUUAUUGCAGAAGCAAAAGAACCCGAAGCAAAUAAGGAUGAUGUAAACAAAGAAUGUAAUAAUGAUACACCACGAGCCACUCAAUUUCCAUGCCAUAUUUGCGGAGCUACCUUUGACAAUAUUUCUAAAGUGGGCGACCACCUUAACACACAUGCCUGGAUGGAACCAAACAUAUCAGAGCAGCUUUAUAGCUGUGGUGACUGCCCCGAGACUUAUCCUACGCCAGAACUGCUAGAAGAACACAAAAAAAAGCAUAAUAAAGAAGGCUUUACAUGCUAUAUCUGCGAUGCAAAACUCAAAUCCUUUACCACUUUAAAAAAACAUAUUGAUACACAUGCUGACAAUCACAUUUACUGUGAAAUCUGCGACAAACAACUCACAUCACAGUGGAGUUAUUAUCAACAUAUGAAGCUUCAUAAUAAUCAAAUCUUCCCAUGCCCGGAUUGUGGAAAACAAUUUACUGCAUGCAGCAAGCUAAAUAAUCAUCUAAUUUCGCAUAGUAACGAGAAACCGUAUACAUGCAAGUUCUGUGACAAACGGUAUUCGAGGGAGCAAUCGUUAAAAGUCCAUAUGAAAGUACACACUGGACAGAAAAACUAUAAGUGUGACGUUUGUGAUAAGGCUUACUAUAAUAUAUGGGAAUUGAGACGUCACAAGGAAAAUCACGAUAAGGACAAGGAAAAGUUAAAGUCUUUUAAAUGCACGGAAUGUGAUUCUACUUUUUGUACACAUGGCCAACUGAAAUGUCACUACGUGGCUAUACACAGUACGGAAACACCGUUCCCAUGUGACGCUUGUGAUCUUAAGUUUAAAAGUAAAAAAGCUUGGAAAUACCACACGUUAACACAGCACACAACAAAAGAACCUUACAAGUGCGAUAUAUGUAAUAAAGGUUUUGUGUUUAAGUAUUCUCUAGAUCGGCAUGUGAAAUUGCACUCUGGUGAAAGACCAUACCCUUGUGAGCAUUGUGACAAAAGGUUUAAGUCUAAACCAAAUCUGAACGUUCAUAUUGGUUAUUUUCAUAAAGAUGUUUCUUGUGGUAAAUCAUAAUUUAUUAAAUAUAUUAAUAACGGGUCACUCACGUAUUUUAAGUCGAA